AGGGGGAAGGAUGCGGCCAGCCCCCAACAAGGAUUAUUUCUCAGUCCAUAGUCGAGCAUCAAUUUAUGUAAAAAAAGUAGCAUUUAUGUCAUUAUAAGCACUGUCAUACUAUGUCAAUUGAUCAGUAUACUACUUUGCAAUGAUCAAACCAUACCAUUAAAAAUAUUCGAAGUAUUACUAUUCGCAGGGAUAAUAAGUCAGAAAAGCAGCCACAAUUUAAUGACCUUAUCUAGAACGAUUGGGCUGCUUUGCUUAUAAGCUAAAUAUAGAAUGGGCUAAACGCGUAGCUUCCGUAGGCCUUAUUUUAUAGUCCGUGGGAGGAGCUUUUCCGGUUUCUCACUUCCCAGCCAUGCCCGUCCGCCACCGCGCGUCUCGUUCGGAGGCCCGCGGCCCGCGGCCCUCAGUCCAACGCUCGUGCACCUCCCCGCCGGGCCGCCCGAGCAUAUCCCCUCCAGAGAGCCGCCCGCCGGAGCCCUCCACCCGAGCACCUCCCCUCAAGAGCGCAUCCCUCGCCGGAGCCAGACGCCUCCCCCGCCGAGCGCAUCUCUGCCUACGAGAGCAUCCGUCGCCCGAGGUUGUACGCUGCACCCCCUCCCUCCCCUACGAGAGCAUCCGUCGCCCUCGCCCGAGGUUGCAGGCUCAGCCUCCAGGCCUCUACGGACUACGGUGGAGAAGGAGAAUGGAGGAUGCUGCCAAACGGUGACAACGGCGUCAAAGUGUUUUGGACCAGGUUGAGAUGACACUCUGCUUCACAAAAACCAUCUCCACUGUUUCUCUGCACUGGGGAGCUCACUGCAGACUGAUGGAAAUCAGAGAGAUGAUUGCUGCUUGGACGCUUCCCUCUUCACCAACUUGACAAUCCCACAAAUUUGUAUGGUGAUCUCACUCCUGCAAGUUGCACAUACCAGCGAGGAAGAACAGAGCCCCAAGCAUCACUACUGUUUCCGCUGGAUCCAUCAGUGUUCAGUGAGGCUGUUUGUGGUGAUGGCAGUGUGGGAUGUCAUUUCUUUGAACCGUAUGAUCACUGGUUUCAUUCGAGAUGGUAUCGGCAAUCGAGCUCUUGUAGUUUACAAGUGGAUGGUUGCUUCAGGCUACAGAGAGACCCCUCAUACCUUCUCUGCUAUUCUCAGUGCGUGCAACAGCUGCGAGGGACUGCAACUGCAUGGCCGGGUACUGGCCUUGGGCCUGUGCUCCAACCCAUUUGUCAGGUCUGCAUUGGUCAAUCUGUAUAUGCGUGUUGAGAUGCCUUGUGCUGCCCUCUUGCUGUACAAUGAAAUGCCAUUGCAGAGUACAGUCAUGUCCAACGUGGUUCUGGGUGGCUUUUGCAACCUGAAGUUGGCUGAGGACCUCCUUUGUUCCUUGCUAGACAUGAGACGACGUGGUUUGGAGUUGAAUGGUCUUUCUUACUGUUACGCAAUGAAAGUAUGCUAUCAAGAUGAAGAAUGGCUGCAACAAGGCAGGCAGCUUCAUGGAGUAGUUCUCAAGGCAGGGUGGGUUCCGUCAAAUAUUUUCCUGUCAAACUCGCUUGUGGAUCUUUACUCAGCAAUCGGAGACUUGGUGGAUGCUAAGAAUUCACUGGAUGGUAUCCCUUCUGAGGAUGUCAUCUCAUGGAAUUCCAUUGUUUCUGUUUGUGCAAGCAAAGGGCGUAUGAAGGAAGCAACUGAUUACUUGAGACAGAUGCUUUGGCAUGGCAAGAUGCCCUCGGUCCGCUCCUUUGUUGGGCUCUUUGCUUCGUCUGGUCAGACUGGAGACCUUGGAGUCGGGGUUCAGAUGCAUGGUAUUGCUCUCAAGCUUGGAUUCUGCUGGAGUCGUGUGCAUGUGCAAACUGCACUCAUUAACAUGUAUGGAAAGUGCCGCUCUUUUGAUUGUUCCUUGGCAAUCUUCAAUGAAAUCCCAAGCCUUGCACUGGAGUGCUGUAAUUCAACAAUCACAUCAUCAAUUCGCUGCAAGGUUUUUCACUCCACAUUGGAGGUCUUGUAUUGUAUGACUGUAGAGGGAGUUAUGCCUGAUAAUGUGACUCUCUCUGCAACACUGAAGGCCAUAUCUCUGUCAGUUUCUCCAAGUUUAAUCAGUUGCCAGAUGCUGCAUUCUUGGGUCUUCAAGCUGGGCUUUGAAACAGACAUGGCUGUGUGCUCCUCCUUGAUCAGCGCUUAUGCUCGAGCUGGCCAUCUGAGCAGUUCCCACUUGAUAUUCAAAAGCUUGCAGGAUCCAAACGUUGUUUGCUUUACUUCAUUGAUAUCUGCAUGUGCUCGAUAUGGAGAUGGCGCAAAAGGAGUGGAGCUGCUCAAUAACAUGGUUUCCAGAGGGCUCAAGCCUGACGACGUCACCUUCCUGUGCGCAAUCGCUGGGUGUGAUCAGGCAGGACUGAUCGAAGAAGGCAGGCUAGUGAUCGAGCUCAUGAGAGCAACCCGCGAGCUGGGUCCUGACGAGAGGCACCUCGCUUGCAUGGUUAACCUUCUCGGCCGAGACGGUUUUGUGGAGGAGGCCAUGAAAAUGAUGGAGCACUCGCCGCUACGGCACUACACCAAGGCGUGGAGCUCGCUUGUUCAGAGCUGCAAGGCACAUGGUGAAAAUGCGCUGGGAAAGAGAGCGGCAAAUAUGCUGAUAGAUGUGGGCCGAAAGGACGCAGCCACCAACUUGCAGGUAUCGAGAUACUUUUAUGAGAUUGGGGACGGCGAAAAUGCCUCUAGGAUUAAAGCCAUGGCAAGUGGGCAACAAGUGAAGGAGAGUGGUCACAGCUCGGUUGAGAUCAGUCACAGAAUCUAGCAUCCGUGGUUAAAGAAUGGUAUGAAGAAUUCAUCUUAGCUGGCUGGUAGCUGUUUCACCUGUUUGAGCCGAUAACCUGCACAUCACAAGGUCAUGUUGCCAAGGUCAUGUACAAGCUCUCCUGUUGCAUACCUCACUCAACCCAGUGCCUUCGUCACAUAUAUCCUUUGCUCUUCCAGAUCUGAAUCUUGGGCAAUCCUUUACAGUUACAGCCUUACAGGCAUGUCUGUUCAGACAGGAAACCAGCUGGUCUCAUUCGUCCUAUCGUCUUUUCAGACACUGUUCUCACAGGCAGGUGCCGUUGAAUGUCUGCACUUUGCUUUGCAGCAACAGGAUGAUGAUGAUGGUGCCCGUUUAUGUAGAUGCAAGUGCAAAUGUGCAGUUUCCUAAAAGUGAAAAAGGCCAAAAGGGGUGGUGUUUUGGGUAGUACAGUACAAAGACCGCAGAGUGAGUGACGAAAGGAAAAUGGAAACAGGGCGGAUCGUGCACGCAGAUUUUUGGAGUGGGAUACGGCAGCACUGCCGAUUUCAGAUCUGGCAGGACGGACGCAAGGACAGUCUGGUCUGGCGCCGUCGAAUUUAUUAUGCAAAAGUUCCGGUUAAGCAUGCAGGAUAAACAUAUGAUGCUGAUGCUGAUGGCGCGUCUUUGUAUAUUUUAUGCUCCCCCCACCUACCAUCAGUUGCAUCCAUCCAAUCAUGCAGUGACACUAUCUAUUAUAUUAUAAAAAUGAAAUCACUACCA